UUUAAGCAUUAAUUAUUAAAAUUUUUCCUUCCUCGCGGUAGUUCCACUGCCCCAUCUCCUCGGUUCUUUUCUUCAAUUUACCAGUCGAAUUCUUCUACCAUCAAAUCGUUUCAUCAUCACCACCAUUGUUAAACCUCCAUUGAAAACGUUCCAUUUCCACUGCUUAACUGGCGUGUAAAAAUGGCGGAUUUCCAAACAUCUACUCAUAAAAAUAAGUGGAUUUUUACCCCACAAAAGCUGAUGGAGAAAUACAAAGAUGCAAAUCAAAGAGCGAUACAAUCAUUAGAGAAGGGAACAACUUAUCUGGAGAAUAAGAGCCACAAGGAACCCGAUUCUAAUGGUGUCAAGCAGUCUCGUGUAAAGCCACUCAAAAUUGAAGAAGAAAAAACUCUACAUGUUUAUUAUGAAAACAAGAUUCAAGAAGUAUGUGGAGCGUUCAAGUUUCCACAUAAAAUCCAAGCUACUGCACUUACAUACUAUAAAAGGUUCUAUCUUUGCUGGUCAGUCAUGGAGCACCAUCCAAAAUCUGUUAUGUUAACUUGUAUAUAUCUAGCUUGUAAGAUAGAGGAGAAUCAUGUUUCAGCUGAGGAGCUUGGCAAGGGUAUCCAGCAGGAUCAUCGAAUAAUCUUAGAUAAUGAGAUGCUAGUCCUUCAGAGUUUGGGGUUUGAUCUUAUUGUUUAUUCUCCAUACCGGUCCAUUGAGGGGUUUAUUAAUGAUAUGGAGGAUUUUUGUUAUGCAACAAACGGCCAAGUUGACCUAUUGGAGGAUUUACAUCAAAGAGUAGUGUUUGAAGCUGAUAAGGCAAUGCUUACAGAUGCACCACUUUUAUUCCCCCCGGGUCAGCUUUACAGCGCGGAAAACAUUGGUUCGUUGUUUUUGAAAGCCUUUACAACAGGGCUGGCGCGGUGUGGUGCUGGCUUGUUUUUAUACCAUGCUUUUACCCCUUCACUAGCAACAGCAAAAGGAUGCUUAAAAUAAUUUUAUUACCUUUGGCUACAAGUACAAACUACAAAAGAUUUGCUAAACACUAUGUUUUUAUUUAGUGAAGUUUGAGCUUACAGAAAAAUUGUUUACAAUGCUUUCUAUCUAUGGAAUUUUCCUUAUCGAAAACCUUGCAAUCAGUCCAUCCAAGAUAGCAGCAUCUGGCUAUGUGCUUUGCAGCUUAACCUGUGCUAAUAACUUGUGUAUUUUUUUCCUUACUUUUCACGUUUUAUUCAAUUUUAGGAGGAUGUCUUCUUUAGGAUGACAUUACUAAGAGAAAUAUAUAAAUAGGAGCAAGAGCUAAAAUUGCUUGAAGCGUUAUUUGGAUAUGGUGCCAGUUGCCACCUCUCGGUCAGUUGGCCCUUUAAAUCCCCCACCCUCCCACACACAUAAAAAAGAAACUACAUGUACAAAAUGAAAUAGAAUUUGAGGACUUCUCCAACUUUAGUGAACUUUGUGAAGCCAUCUCUGUACUUUUUGUUUGCCUACCUAUUCCUCUUCCAAUUCCAUUUAUUUUCUUGUCAGACAUGUCUUAACUUAGUGAUACAUACUUAUUUGAGUUUCUUAUAAUUUCUUGAAAUCAUAAAGCUUGCUCCAUUAUUAGAAAGACCUUUUUACCGAAAAGACUUCUUGUAGACAUUUAUAUUUUCUACUCCUCUUUCCACUGCUUCAAGCCAGCAAUUUCAUCAUCAAUUUAAUGAAUCUGGAUCUUUGCUAUUGAAAUCUUGGUUUGAGAUGGCGUGUCAAUGUCUUUAAUAGUGAGGUCUAAGUUAAUCAGAGUUUGUAGUGAGGGUAGGGUGUAACCUCUAUUAGUCUUCCCUUAGCAACUAGCCAACUAGCAACUAGUUUUUUGUGUGCUGGGUACAGUUGAUCUGAACCCAAAUAGUGGUUAAAAAAUAGUGACACAAAUUGGGAAUGGCUGCUGGUUCAAGCAAAAUGCAAAACUAUCUCCAAGGUUGACAUGGAGGGUUUAGGCGCAAAACAGUCAUCAGAAGUGUUGAUGGAGCCAUCAAAUACAUGGGACUUUUCAGCAAAAAACAUAAGUAUGAUGUGCCAGAAAAAAUUGAUGGUAGAACAACAAGAGGUAGUUGGCAAGUGUGAGUACUUGGCAAGGCAAGGGCAGCAAGGUUUUGUGGUAGAAAGCAAGAAGCAUCUUUAUGCUUGGCGCAGUGCCUGGAGAGUACAAGCAAGAGCGCCGAGUAGUAGCACAUAGCUUGGCUAGCAAGCAAUAAGGAUGGUUUGGACAUGAGCAACAGCAAAGUUCUGGCCAUGGCCCAUAGCUGUGCUAGGUGAGUAGUUUAGCCUUGGUGAAUAAGCAGUUAUGUAUUGUACACGUGGGACAAUGAGCAAGCAAUCGGCAUACACAUAAGCAUCAAGCAUUAUUUUGACUCUUCGUAGAACUUCAUUGUUGAGUUCACAUAGGAUCUAGAUUAAUGAAGCGUGAAACGUGGAUCGGACCUCCAGUCUCCGGUCAGAAACGUCCGUGCCGGAGUCGUGAGGAUUCGCGACUCAGAACACCGGUGAUGGCAAACCGGGUUUUGAUAGCCGAUUUUACCGUUUUGAACCGGUGUAUCUCGCUUAAUACAGAUGAAUUUUCAUCUUUUAUGGGCAAGAUUAAAGCAAUUCUCCAUUAGAGAAGCUAGCGCUGACCUUGAAAGGCACGAAUGAGGAUGAUGAAAUCUUGGGUUUUGAUAGAAUGCAAAUUGAAAAGUGAAUAAAAAUAUCUUUUUGGAGUACACUGAAAAAGUGGGUGGAGUGUCAUUCACUAUUUUUUUACUAGCUAUCAUCCACUAUUGCUCUUGAUACUAGCUUAAUAUUAGCAGUCAUCCAUUAUUGUUUUUACUAAGCUUUGACUAAUUGAAAGGUUGAUUGUUUUUCUUUCAAAAUGUUUUUUUAAGUAGUCCUUUAAAUUAUUUUUGAACUUAUGAAGUGUUCUUUUAUUUCUUAAUUUUUCUUAAAAAUAUUGAUAUUUGUAAUUUUACUCCUAUUAUUUUGUAAAUAGGUAAUUAAGUUAUUAAUUAAUUAUUUAUAUGGACACUAAGAUAAGCGAUGUUAUUGGAAUUUUAUUAAUUGCCAUAUUUUUUAAUCAUGACCAUGGAAUAAAAACUCGAAUAUUACGUUAUGUAACGGCCAUUGUAUUAUGUUUUGUAAGGUUGUUCCAUGAGAAGUUCAUUUUCUCGGUCAAAAUGCCACGUUGACCGCCAUGUAACGUGUAAUGCCCGUUUUUUCAUCGUUAUAAUGUUAUUUGUCAAAAAGAGGUUAUAGAAAAGUUUCUUUUAACAUCUCUCUAAAUUGUAGAAUAUGUUCUAAUCUCCUCGUUAAAAUUUCAUUAAUACCUAUUAGCUUUAAUUAUCGAUAAUCACAUUAAACUAUAGUUACUCAUAAUUUUAAGUUAAAUAAAAUAACUAACUGAAAAGUUAAUUAAUCAUCCACUGCAAUUGUCUCACGUAGUAGCUAUGGGUACAUUAUUGCAUAAUAAUAGUAGUUCAACAACAAAAUGCAAUAAUGAGUUCAAAACUCCCCUUAUGUGUUUUUUUUUCAAAAACUUCACACCGCGUUGGCCGCGAUUCGUGUUAUUGUUCCAUUAAAGCCGUUUUUCGCGUCAUCGUGACCGUUUCCGCGAACGCAUCCGCGACCGCGUUUUUUUAUACGAAUAUGAUUGAGUGUGGGUGAGAGAAUUUUGCUGUGUUCUGGUUCUUAAAUCAUUCUUGUUAUAGUUUAAAUAUUUCUUGCUAUU